AUGAAUAUUGUUGGUGUUCACAGAGUUCAAGCUAUGAAAAGUUCCUUUUCUACUGGCCAUUCCUUCAAUGCCCCAACAAGCUCUUUUUUGGUAUAUAGGGAGAAUGGAUUUAAUUUUCAGAAGACUUCUCUUACAGGGGAUAUUCAUAAGUCACAAAUAGAGGACGCAGUACUCCAUAGACCUCAUUCUGACCAAAUAAACCUAAGCAUGACUGAUCCAGUAUUGAUGUAUGAUUCAAGGUAUCGGGCAUGUCAUUUUACUGCAAAGAACUGUGUUCCCCAAAGUGCGAGUCAAGUUUAUCUUCAAGGCCUUAGAGAAUAUAUUGCUGGGAUGGGAGGUUCUAUAGGUGAUGGUUGGCAUGUCGAUUUUAAGUAUUGCGACAAAAGAUGCAAGACAUAUGCAGUAUAUGUUGGACCAGAUGGAAGUCCCUUUGAGUUACUUGAUGGUGUUGCUCGACAUUUGGGGUUGGAUCACUCCAUGGAGGUUGAGAAUGGAGGUAAUGGAUUUACUUUUGUUCAUGAGGGAUUAUCAAAUAUCCCAAGGAGUAAAGAAGCUUCAGGUUCUACUAAAGUUCGCAAGAGUGGACAGAGUCGGAGUUCUCCUGGGAGCAGCUUCUUCCGUAAUGGUGGCUCUAUCUUCAAGUGUAUAUAUCCAAGUGAUGUCUUUCCAGUUCAGUUUCAGGACUUCUUUCUUAUUUCAGCUGGAAAUAUUGACCCCCGACCAUCAUAUCACAGCACUAGCGAGAUAUGGCCUGUGGGUUACUUAUCUAGCUGGCACGAUAGAAUUACAGGAUCUUUUUUUGUUUGUGAGGUUGCAGAUGGAGGUGAUCCUGGCCCAGUUUUCAAGGUCAGGAGGUACCCAUGCACCCUGCAGUCUAUCCCAAUUGGUUCAACGGUCCUUUUAACAUCUAAAGGGGAUUCUCAUAUUGGUGAAGAUAAUGUGGGAAAUGGUAAUUCAGCAACUUCUAGGCUGGUUGAUGAGGAGAGUAUUUCAAUCCAGGUGAUGCUGGAAGAAUGCAGCCCACCAGAUCUGAAUAAUGAAACUCAUGCCGCUGAGAAUCUGCAGAGGGUGAAUUCAUUACCUGGAAACUUCGGAAAUAUAUGUCCUGGUAUUAUUGGUCAAGGGGAUAGUGUAGGGGAAUUUCUUGUGGAAGGGAGAUCAUCAUCAUCUGUGUGGGAAAUGGUUUCCCAGACUCUUCUACAUGCAUGCAUUGAUGCUUAUAAGCAAAAAGGUGUAAUUCAAUUCUGCUGUAGUCAUGAUGUAUAUAAAAUGGAUGAAAAAGAGCCGAGUGAAAUUGGUUCAUUAUCCAAGUUCUCUUACUUAGGUGGUCCCUUCAAUUUCCCAAGAUUAGUGCAGAGCAACUUUGAGUUUAAAAUUGCUUGUGAAAUGUUAGUGAAGUGGUUGGAGCAAGACAGAUUUGGACUAGAGGCAGACUUUGUGCAAGAAAUUAUUGAACAGCUUCCUGGUGUAUCUGCAUGCUCAAAUUAUAGAAUUAUUACUAAAAGAAAGCACAACACAACUCUGCAGACAGUGGGAAGUGGGUUCCUGCAGGCUAAAAGAAAGAAUCACAUGCAGGAUGAGACGGAAGCUGUUGAAUCUUUCAGAAUUUCUGGAACACUCAAAAAGCAUCUGGAAGACUCUGACAUCAGAGGUCCUUGUCCUUCAGGAAAGCCAUUUAGCGCAAAGAUUCCAAAAUUUUUGAUAGGUGACGCGCUCCAGGUUUGGGAAUUCUUGUUGAGGUUUUCAGAGGUCUUGGGGCUGGAAGCUCCAUUUUCAUUUGAAGAAAUUGAGGAGGAAUUAGUUAGUCCAUGGAUAGACAAAACAAGUUCAAUGGAAAUGCCUGGAUUUGAGAUCCAGGAUGUCAGAGAGAUCACCUUAUUAAGAGGUGAAAUGGACUCUCUGUCUGGUAGAUUGGGUUUUCAUCAAUAUAGCCGAUUUACUGGUCUUCUUUUGGCAAAACUUCAUGGUCUACUGCUCAAAGCUCUUGUCACCGAGCUGCUCUCAAAAGUUGCUGUCUAUGUAGAUCCGAAUUUCGGUGCAGGAGGAUUCAAAUCUAAAAGAGGCCGGAAAAAAGAUGUUGACAAUUUAGCCAGUCUUAAGAAAACUAGACUUGAUAUGCUUCCCAUUAAUGAAAUUACAUGGCCUGAAAUUGCUAGGAGGUACAUGUUAGCGUUGUUAUCCAUGGAAGUUAACCUUGAGUCUGCAGAAAUUGCUUGCCGAGAGAGUGGGAAGGUUUUCCAUUGCUUACAAGGUGAUGGUGGGAUACUUUGUGGCUCUCUUACGGGAGUUGCUGCAUUAGAGGCUGAUGCAAUGCUUCUUGCAGAGGCUACAAAGAAAAUAUUUGGAUCACUUAAGAGUGGUAGCAUUUUUGUUGCUACUGAUGAGAAAGAGUCUGAUGCCAAAGGAGCUGAUGCUGAUGAUGGAAAAGUCCCAGAGUGGGCGAAGGCGCUGGAGCCAGUAAGGAAGCUACCUACAAAUGUCGGGGCUCGAAUUAGAAAAUGUAUCAAUGAGGCUUUGGAAAAAGAUCCACCUGAAUGGGCAAGAAAAAUAUUGGUGCACUCUAUCAGUAAGGAAGUUUACAAGGGAAAUGCAUCAGGGCCAACGAAGAGAGCAGUAAUUUCUGUCCUGGCUGAUGUUAACCGCGAAAAUACUUCGCCCAAACCUGAGAAGGAAGAAAAGGUAAAGAGUGCUAGCUCUGUGUCUGAUAUCAUUAUGAAACAAUGUCGGAUUAUACUACGGCGAGCUGUUAAAGAAGAUAAAGAUAAAGUCUUCUGCAAUCUUUUGGGGAGAACAGUUCUGAACCCUAAUGAUAAUGACGAUGAAGGGCUUCUUGGGCAUCCGGCAAUGGUAUCUCGGCCUUUAGACUUCAGGACCAUUGAUCUAAAGUUGGCUGCUGGAUCCUAUGGGGGAUCACAUGAAUCUUUCAUCGAUGAUGUGCGGGAGGUUUGGCAUAAUAUACGGACUGCAUACUGCAACAAGUCCAAUUUGCUUGAGUUAGCCGGAUCCUUGUUGCUGAAAUUCGAGGAAGAUUAUGAAAAUGAGGUUCUUCCCUUAAUCCAGAAAAUUGAGUGUUCAAAUGACGGUAGUUUAAGCAGUGAAGAUGCAAAAGUGAGAGAUGAACUCCUCGCUCAUGUGAAUGAGAGCUUACUUCCUAAAGCUCCUUGGGAGGAAGGACUCUGCAAAGUAUGUGGCAUGGAUAAAGAUGAUGUCAAUGUUCUUCUUUGUGAUGGUUGUGAUUCGGAGUACCAUACAUAUUGCUUAGAUCCUCCGCUUAUUAAAGUUCCUGAUGGGGAGUGGUAUUGCCCAUCUUGUGAAACUAAGGAAUCACAGUCCCGGAAUGCUUCAGGUUUUCAGAUUCUUCGUCAAUGCGUUAAAAGGAGGUUGCACAGGAAACUAACUCACAAGUUUAUGGAGGAACUUUCUCAAUUAUCGAGAACCAUGGAGUUGAAGGAAUAUUGGGAGCUUUCUCUGGAGGAUUUGGAAGAUGUAUGA